AUGAGUGGUGUCAAUAUGGGCACAGCUAUGUCAAUGGGACUAGAGACAGAAGAUGACAUGUCCAAGUACAAGAACAAAAGAUCCCCUUCCACUUCCCUCACUGUCGACAUUCGGCAACUUAGUGAUUCCAUCGAAAACGCCAUCAACUUGACCGACUCCCCCAAAUCUGAGAUUUGGCGCGAGUGUGUCUCCUGCCGGGAUGAUGAACCGCAAGAUGAUAUGAUCAAAACGAAGUGUUCACACUUUUAUUGCAAGGCUUGCUUGGUCCGCCUCUUCGAAAAUGCUUUGCGUGAUGAAUCCUUGUUUCCUCCUCAAUGUUGCAACAAACCAAUUGAGGCCUCAGAGAAGAUGCUCGGAUCCGCAUUGGUUCAAAAGCACAAGGAGAAGGCGAUCGAGCUUAAGGAUACGGACAGGACAUAUUGUUCUGAUUCGAAGUGCGCUCGAUAUAUCCCACGAAAUGGCACACUGGUUUGCAAAUGCGCGAGCUGUGGAGUACGCACAUGCAGGAAGUGCAAAAAGCGUGCCCACCAGGGAACUUGUGUAUAUAAGCUCGAUGCGCUUCUGGAGAAAUUGGCAGAUCGCAAGCAAUGGCAACGGUGCUCCAAUUGCAGUCGUCUGAUUGAGCUCAGUACAGGCUGUAAUCACAUCACGUAA